AGCAGCCUGAUGACACCGAGCGCCAGACCUCCAGCUGGCCCAGCUGGCUUAGCCUUCCCUCCUGCCCCAGGUGCAUCUGGCACAGGCUCAGCAGGGCUGCUGCAACAGGGGGCCUGAAGCAGCAGCCCCAGGACGGGGAGCACCAGGCCUCCAACUGGUGGUGCAGGCUUGGCUUCUCCCCCUGCACCACAUGGGUCUGCUCCAGGGCCAGCGGAGACGUCAUUCGAGAGGGCCCAAAGCAGCAGCUCCUGCGCACCGAGCAGGUGGCCUUCAGCUUGCCCUAUGCCCUGGGCCUGUUUUGCAACUACAUGGAGCAAGUGGGGUGUACCGGGCUCCUUAUGGGUUCCCUGAUAGAUAUCUGCGCUCUCUGCCUGCUGCGGGUUACCUGCAGCCUCUGGAGAAAAGUACGAAGACCUCGGGAACAGGGAACGCGACAAAUGGCCUCAGAUUCUCCGGGAACAGACUGCUCGGCCAAGAACACCGUCAAUCGUUACGAGCAGCUCCACCGGCUGGAGGCCAAAAUGGACUUUUUGCUGAGGUACCUGAUGAACCUCGAACCCGACGCGGAGCUCAACUGCCAGCAGUCAGGGAAGAAGGCCCAAGGAGCAAGGAAGAGGAGUUGCUCCUCAUCCCGCUCCAGCUCCGCUGUGGAUUGCGUGGAUGGACAACAGGAAAGCAGUGCAAGAUGACAGCCAGCUGGUGGAGCAGGACAUGCCUCAGCCCACCAAAGGUUCCUGGGCUGAAGGCAUCUCCAGUGACUACAAUCUUCCACCGCCUGGAUGCCAAGAGCUCCUUGAUCAUCACCUUGCUGCAGGGGGCUACGGACGCUGGCCCAGCCUGCGUAACGGCCAGCGGAGACUAUCCCACUAGUUUCAAGUUUUUGUUUUUCUCUUUUUUCUAUGUUUCAAUAAAAAUUAAAAUUUAUUGCUAGUGCA